UGGACGGUGGACCCAUGCUGGGUGCUUGGUGUUGAUGUUGGUGGUCCUGGGUCACACCCCCUUGAUCCUCGUCCCCUUGUCCCUGUCGUGUUUCCAUGCCCUUCCCAUCUCCCCAUUCGCCUUCAUUCCUUCUUUUCCUUCCAUUGCCUGCUUGGUUACGGACUGUACUUGCUUGCUCACUCGCUCGUUGGCCCUGUCGCUGUCCCUUCUUUUCUCCAGCCUUUUCUUACAUCUAGUACUUACAUACCUACCUUUACUCUCCUUCCCCUUCCCUCGUUUUCUCUCCACACCCGACCUCACCUCCAAUCGACAAGCAUCCAAGGCGUCGUCGACCGUCACUCUCGAUUCUCGACAGCGCUUCUGCGUCUGCAAGCCGAUCCCUCGCGAGACCCGUUUACGACUCUGACUCCCUCACGCUCCUUUCACCUACCACGAACGGAGUCUGGCUGCCAGUAGGACCUCUGGAGGUUCUAGCAAUCUAAUCAGCAAAUGUCGACGUAACGAUUGAUUUAAUAACAUCCCUCGCCAAACCGACAAUCUGCCUAGACUACGACACCUGAAGGAACAAUCCCGUAACGGAUCCUAAUCUGAACGACACGCGUCGGUUUUGAAUCACAUUUGACGAUAUUUCGUCAGUCACUCUUUUGAAUUGAUUUUGGAAUCGCAUAUACAUACGCUCUACGCAAACUAUAUGUGAGUUGGACUUUAGUUCCGUGUUGUAUGGCUGUGGUGUCCCGAGUUUCGACAUCUGGAAAGGAAUAAUGUGGUGAAGGAGAGGGCGGAUACCGGACUACACAACGGAUCAUGGCACAGGACGACAACUAAUACGACUAAACAGAUUACACUCGUUGACCUAAUAGUCAAGUACAUUCGCUGAAACUUAUUCCUGACACAUACUCAUCAUCCACCCAAUCCGAUCCUCAACACUGUAAAUACUCAGUCUCAACCACCAAACAGUAUCAACAAUGCACGCAAAGAACUUGAUUGUUGCCUUGGCUCUGGCCUCUUCCUCUGUUGUCGAAGCAAACCGACCACGCAUGUACAUCCCUCGACAAGUCAAGCGAGAAGUCGGGAACAAUGCACCAGAAAACCAACCAGCUCCUGUGAUAGAGAAGCGGGAGCCUGCUGAUUCGUUCAUCAAGAGCCUGAUUGACAAGAACAGCCGAAAACAAGCGAGCCAGGAGGAUGGCGUCAACUUCGACCCAACACUACCUCUGGGCUUCAAGAAGUCUGGACCUAGUGCCAGCGCACCAGCUCUCAUCAUUCAGCCAACAACAAGCGAGGCCCUGACCACCGAACUUGCUGCCUCGACCGACGCUCCCACAGAAGCCGAUACUGGCAUUCUCCUAGCACCCAGUGGUAUCGUCACAUCAAAGACAGCAGCUGAACCCGCCAAGACGACAGCAGAUGCGGUCAAGGAGCCUUCGACCGAGGCACCGAAGAAGGAGGAGACGAAGCCUGUCGCCACUUCCGAUGUCGUUGCCAAACCUGCUACCACUGAGAAGCCUAAGGAGGAGACCAAGCCCGCAGCUACCACAGCACCUGCUGUUGAGGAAUCUUCAUCUGCCAAGACUCCUGAAAAGAAGCCUGUCGUCGAGACUAAGACCGAGGCGCCUGUCCCCGUCGAGACCGUGACCGAGCCCGCUGUCGUUGAAACCAAGACCGAGAAACCAGUCGAGUCCAAGACUGAGAAGCCCAGUGCUACUAAGGGCCUUCUCGAUCCGGUCGAGAGCAUCUUGACAUCUGUGCUCCCCGUUGCUUCCGACUCUAAGAAGGAGACUAAGACCGAGGAGCCAGCAGUUGAAACCACCGAGAAGCCCAAGACCGACAGCGAGAAGGAGACUCAGUCAGCUCCCGUCGAGACCGAGACUGCUAAGCCCGCUGAGCCGGAGACCACAAGCCCAGCGGUGGAGAAGCCUGCUCCCACUAGCAAGGGCCUUCUUGAUCCCGUCGAGACUCUGUUGUCUUCGGUUCUUGCUGAGCCCGCCGACUCCAAGACCAAGGACCCUACGGCUGACCAGACUGAGUCCAUCUCUCAACCCGAGGAGACUGGAAAACCCACCAAGGAUCCUCAGCGUGAUGCCUCUAAGCCCCAAACUGAUGGUCAGACUCUCCCAACCUUCAGCCCUCCGGCUGACGAGACCACCGCCGCCCCUAAGACUGGUGAGACUUCCAAGGAUGGUCUGCUUGACCCCGUUGAGACUCUUCUGAGCUCCGUCUUGCCCAACCAGCCUGAUGUCAAGACCACGUCUCCUGAGGAAUCUUCAGCUCCUGUUGACAGCCAGCCUACCUCUGCUUCCCCCAAUGGUUCUGAGCAGACUGUUUCCGCUGCUCCUUCAACCGAGCCUGAGACCACUGGCCCUGCUGAGAUCAUCCCUACCAGCAUUCUGCCCGAUCCUACCAAUAUCCUUCCUGUUCCUACCGAUGUCACAUCUGCUGUUCCUGAGGCCUCAAGCCCGGUCACUGUUUCACCUGUGGUACCUACAACUGCUUCUCUCCCUGAAAAGUCUGAAAGCGGUUCCCCGGACGUUACUUCAUUCCUGGACCCCAACACCAAGUUUCCCCAAACUGGCAGUGUUGCACCUACUGAUGCUCCCAACACAACUGUGCCUGAAGUGACAUCUGGUAUUGAUGUUACGCCUGAGCCUACCAGCGAGCCUAUCAACGGAACGGAGACCAUCCCUAAUGUUACGGGUGAGCCUCAGACUACUGGUGCCCCCGAGCCUACCAGCGUCGCCACUGAGGAGCCAACAAACAUCACUCAAAGUGCUAUUCCUACUGGAGCUCCCACCAAUGAGCCCUCAGGAAACACCACAGCGCCUGCUACUGAGCCUGCUACUGAACCUGCCACCAAGCCUGUUGACACAGCUUCUGGCUCUGUUCCUACUGGCAGCCCUGCCACUGAGACUGAUGCGGAAACCAAUGGCACUGCUACCGUUGAGCCUACCAAGCCUGCUACUGACGUUGAGACUCAAAGCGCUCCUGCGACCGAAGGCGAGCAGACCUCUGCUGUUGCCCCCACAGAUGAGCAGCCUUCAGUUGCGCCCACUUCGCAACCUCCUGUUGAGACCGAGACCAGGCCUGAGCCUGAGCCUACUACUCUGGUUCCCACAGCUGCUGUUCCUGUUACCAGCAUCCGACCCACUGCCACCCUCACCAACACCAACAACUGGCUGCCCACCACCAUUGUCUUCGAGCCUACAUCUAUCCCCGCACAGCCUUCGCAGCCGACUGAGACUUCAACCUCCACCGGCCUUCCUGCUAACAUUCCCCGUGUUAUCCUUCCUAACGAUCCCAACAAGCCUAUCCCUGAAGGCUCUGUUCCCAUCCAGCUGGGUUUCUUGUUCCCUUUUAACUACAAGUUCCUGGCUCGUAACACUGUCGCAGCUGCUCAGCUUUUCAAGUACCUCCCCAAGGGUCUUGCUGAUGCUGGUGGCUUCUCCAAGGACCGCAUUCUCGUUAGCAAGAUUGUUCCUCUCGACACACAGUCCCAGUGGGGAUAUAUCACUGCUCUCGCCAAGAUCCAUUAUCCCGAGAACAUGAUCGACAGUCUCCAGGCUGACCUCAUCACCCCCAACUCGCCAUUGUACAACAAUGAUCUUGAGAUCGUCCGUAACCUGACCUCCGUCAUCAACACCAAGAUUGACAUCUUUGGUGACUCGGACACCGACAAUAACACAGAUAAUGGUAACUCGGAUGAUGCCAAUAGUGGCAACGGCGAUGUCUUCGGUAACAGUGGCGAAGGUGACAAGUCUGCCAAGCAGAAGGCCACCACUGCUGGUAUUGCUGUUGGCGCUGUUGGUCUCAGUGUCAUGUAUGGUGCUGCUAUGUUCUUGGUCGCCCGACGAUACAAGCGCAAGAAGCAACAGGGCCACCGCCGUGCUAGUUCCAUUGGCAGCAGCCAGCGUUCUUCUGAGAUGCAGUACACCGGUAACGGCAGCCCUGCUCUCAUGGGAGGUGCUUUGAUGAGCCGUGACUUCUCGGCAUAUGGCGCAACACAUGCUGAGCAAGGCCAGGUUCGUCCUGGCGGCCGUGACAGCCAUGGCAGUGGACGCAGUGGCAUGGGUAACUCUGCACGAACAGCGUACAUCUCUGCGCCUGUUGCUGCUGAGAACUCUCUUGGAUGGAACUGAUCCAAAUCACACCCAGACGGCUGAUCGCCCUCAAACCAUACACCAAAAAAAUCUAUACCUUUUCACCAGUGCACCAUUUUUUUUAUUAAACAACACUUCGAUACCCUUCAGGUGGAUUGUGAUGACUACCCUACCACUACGACGCGGUGAUCAGCUAGUCACUACGAAAAUCGCUCGACAUGAGCAACCCCAACUCGAAAUGUUUCCUUUCACCAUGCUCUUUCUUCAUCAUCAUGUUGAGACGACGAUGCGGCAUGAGCCUUGCUCUUCAUUAUAGACUUACAGGUCGGCUGCCCCGGCCCUACAUCAUUUCCCCUUCACGCCUGACGCCUCCAAAGGGGUAGAGCCCCCACGUCCCUUUUACUUAUUCGUUCGGCUCCAUCCUGGCGACCUGGCCAACCUUUUUUUUUUUUUAAUGCUUUUGACCUUUCUUUUCUCUUGUCAUUGUUUAUUGUAUCUUGUCGUGGAGGAAUUGAGUUGUCGAUGUGUAAGAGGAGGGAUGGCGAGGCAAGGGACAACGGGGAGAAGGUGAAAAGCUUGGCUAUCUACCUAGACAGGCGUUUCGGGACCGGGCAGCAGACAAUGAGAGCAGGUUCUGGAUGAUAGAAUACAUGUCAACUUGUAUAUAACAGGACUAUUUUCGGUGUGUUUGGUCCAUGACUUGUAUGCCUUUUUAUCACUUCUGAGGAGAGCGAUGGGAAGCGGUGGUGUUGUUCAGACUUUUGAAAACGUUAGAAGCCAAAGAAAUCCAAUUAAAGAAAGAAAUGGAUACUCGUGAAUGCUCUAUGUCUUGCCUGUCUCAUGCAAAUGUUCGUAUUGAUAUCUCCAAACAUUGACUAGCCA